CAGUUUAUAGUUAUCACUGUCGCACUCCUCCGUUCAUAUAAAAGCAAAAACCCCUUCAGAUUUUAGAAAACCCUAACGAACGCAGAGCUCUUCACUUCCAGCAGCUGCCCGCCACCACUCCGACUUCCCCAGAGGGUUGUGAUCUCGAUCGCCAAGAUGCAAAACGAGGAAGGAAUCAUCACCGAGCUCUACAUCCCGAGGAAAUGCUCGGCGACGAACAGGCUGAUCACCUCCAAGGACCACGCUUCUGUUCAGAUCAACGUUGGGCAUUUGGAUGAACAUGGCAUCUACACCGGCCAAUUCUCCACCUUCGCGCUGUGCGGCUACGUCCGUGCUCAGGGAGAGGCCGACGGUGGUUUGGACCGACUCUGGCAGAAGAAGAAAACUGAAGUUAAACAACAGUAGAAAGAGAUAAUGAUUCUUGUUGCUUCCUCGAACCUUCGGUUCUUGGGGAUGGAAGUGUUUAAUUUCUGAAGUAAAAUGUGACGUUGAGAGGGCUUUUCUUAUUCAAUUAGUACUGCUUUUUGCAAGUAGUUGCCGAUGUUUUGUGGUGUUGUUGAAUUGGGCUUCUUUUGACUGUUAAAGUAGUGAAACUUCUACUCAUUUGAGUACUUUAAAUAUAUUCCUGGUUUCUUGAAAUGA